UGUCUGGGAGUGCAAGCUCGUCCCUGCAGUUGGACGACAGACCGAGCGAACGAGCAUCAGCUCACAACACACAGAUUGGUCAUCCAAAGCACUCGGCCCAAGACUGAGAUUGGUUGUCCAAAGUAGCGAGGCAGCCUGCAAGGCUGUCACUCAGUUAUUUGUAAGCAGACAGGUCAUGUAUCUUUGAACAGUUUAGGUACUUCCUUCACGCUAAGAAAAGGCAGGUGCUUUUCUCUUCAAGCCCAGCCGCCAUGGCGGUGGAACUGGAUGCCGACGCGGUGCGGCAUGCCAAGGUGAAGAUGAUAUUUCACAAAUUCGACCAUAAUAAGGACGGCGGACUAGACCGCUCGGAAAUGGCGGGUCUCGUUAUUGCCGUCAACCCCAAGGUUAAGUUUAAGGACGAGCAGAUAGAGGCUAUCUUAGACGAGGUGUUUAAGACAUACGGAGAAUAUAUCACCGAAGGCAUCGGUUUGUCUUUUGAAGGUCUUCAGCAGACCUACGACGACGGUGCUGGUGACGUGGACAGGGAUUUCGAAGCACUUAAUCUCGUCCUGGACAUCCCUACCCCGGCUCCGCUCCCCGCUAUUCCCGCUGUUCCCGAGCCUCCUGCCGAAGCACCUUCCGAGCCUGAACCACCCGCUCCAAUGGAGGAAGACAAGGGAGGCUUUCACUACCUGUCUACGAAGCACAUGGUAGAAGCCCUCGAGUCUUUAAUCGCGCAGCAGCCGCGCGCGCAGGACAAUCCCAACAACGUCCUCAGCAGCCCGGCGUUCACGCGAGCCGUCGCCGAUCUUCGCACGCAGUCGGAGAGCCUGUUACCCGUCGCAGCCGUCGUGGAGGCGAACAUGGCGAUGGGUCGUGCGCUGAUGAAGGUCGGUCGCACGGAGGAGGCGAAACCGUCGUUCGUGCGAGUCGUGGAGAUCGAGCAGCAGAACGUCCGCGCGUACUUCCUCCUGGGGAAUGCGCACUACAGCAUGGGGCAGCUGGCGCAGGCGCGGGAGGCGUACAGCCAGAGCCUGGAAGCCGGGAAAGCCGACCCCGAAGCUCACGCGACGAUCCUCCCCCAGGUGCACGUGAAUCUCGGUAUAGCGAUGGAGGCGGAGGGCCUGCUGAUGAACGCGUGCGACCACUACCGCGAGGCGGGCAUGCUGAACCCGCACCACCACCACGCCAUGAAGCUGCUCGGCAGCGCGCUCUACGGACUCGGCGAGUACCGCGAGGCGGAGGAGGCGCUACAGAACGCGCUUUACCUCGACCCCAAGUACGCCGACGCACACUGCGACCUCGGCUCGACUCUCCACGCGCUGGGCGACGACGUGAGGGCGGGCCAGGCGUUUGAGCGCGCCCUCAGCCUGGCGCCGGACCACGUGGACGCGCUCUACAACUACGCGGGGCUCUUGAGAGACACGGGGCAGUUCGACGCCGCCGUGGAUACGUACUCCAAAGUGCUCGAGCUUAGCCCCGGGCACUGGCAGGCGCAGCUCAACCGCGCGGUGUCGCUACUGGGUGGCGGAAAGGGGGAGGCGGCGCAGCGGGAGCUGGAAACGGCGUAUAAGCUGACGAACAGGGUGGAGCUGUACGACGCUGUAAAGCAACUGAAGCGACUCUAUAAGGAGAAUAAGAAGAUGAGCUCGGCGCUGGCGAAGCUGCCGGAUAGGGGCGGGGAGGGCGUGGAGGGGGGUGCGGUGGAUGGGAGUUUUGUGGUGUUGGAUCCGGCGAGAAUGAAGGGGAGCGGCCCCACGGUGUGCAAUCCGACGGAGCUGGCCGUUGCUUUGGACGUCCGUGCUUACCAGCGCCACACGCGCCUAUCAAAGGUCCCUGUGACUGCCCUCCGUGCUGAACUGUCCGAGACCAACUUUGAGACGGCCCCGCGCGAGCGCAUGGUGCGCAAGGCCGCCAUCGAGCUGCUGCUGCGCCAACUGCUCCCAGAGGCCCUCCCCCCAGAAACCUUCCAGCAAGCCGUGCGCGCCCUCAACGAGAAGGUCAUCUCAGCCGUCGAAACCGGCGGCGGCGCAGCCGCGGCAGCCGUUGAUCUGGGCCUGUUCCUCGCGAUCGUGGCGCUGCUGUGCGAUGGGGCGGUGCCGGAGAGGAAGCUAGUGGCGUUUGAGGCACUGCAGUGGCGGCGGGGGCGGCCGGAGGGGACGAGGGGGAAGAUCAUGCGGCGGGAUGCAGUGGGGUUUGUGCAGCUGGUGCGGGAGAUUUAUCUGCCCGGGCAGCCGCCGAUGCCUGACGAGGAGAAGAGUGGGGAGGAGGGCGUGCCGGACGUGGGGCUGGAGCAGUUUGAAACACUCGUUGAUGAUUAUUUCCCCAUUCUCUACACUCUGCGCAAGCUGGAGGUUUACGAUCGUACCCGACACCUGGGCAUGUCGUGCGACGUGUGCCGUUACGCCAUUGUUGGCCUGCGUUACCGAGAGACCAAGUCGCGGUUCGAUGUCUGUGCCACAUGCUACAGCGAGAGAAAGGCCCCCGCCAAGCACGCGGGCGGCGGCUCCUCUUUCAUUGGAGGGUCGUCUCGUAACCGUGUGCUCACGUUUGCCGAGUAUGUGACCGGGACGGACAAGGUGAGGGAGAAGUUUGGGCUGUAUGGAAGGACGCUAGCCAAGACACCGACAACAAGAGGGGGGGCAACGGCAGGAGGAGGAGGAGCAGCAGCAGCAGCACCAGAAAGUGGGGGAGGUCAGGCUGAGACAGUAGCAGAUGAAGAGGCUUGAGUGUGGAUGAAGGGGCUUUAUUUUUAGGCACAGAUUCUUUCAGUUGGUCAAUGUGUGAUAUGUGCAGUCCAUAUACGUGCAGGGAAAUACUAGGAGAUGGACAAAUCACUAGAGUAUAGACCCGAGAGUCCAUAUUGUGAUGUAGGCUAAUGUAGGAGGUGUCAUACUUCCGUUGUACUUGAAAGUUCUAGGUUAGGGUUGUGAUUUUCCGAAUUUGAUAACAGGUGGUGACUUGAUUUCUUAGCUGGUAAGAUAGAGUAUCU